AUUAGUAAAUUUGUAAAUGUGUAAGUUUGUUACAAUCAUGAAAAAUUAAACAUUAGUGCAAACAACUCAUUUCUUCUCAGCCCAAAGUACUACUCUGAAGACGGAUAUAGGUACCAGAUAAUGAUACGACUGAACAAAGAUUAUUUUGGAGUAUUUGUACGACUAGUGUCAGGGAUUAAUGAUGAUACACUUGAAUGGCCUUGCGACUCAAGGCAGGUCACAGUUACUUUGAUGGACCAGAACCCUCACAUUCAAAAGCGCAUGUCCAAACAAAGAAGCGUAACUACAAGUUCAAAACAAGACCUUGACGAAUUCUUUCACAAGCCAAGAACACAGGGAACUCUGCAAACAGAUGACAGCUCAGAAGAUUUCUAUACUAACGAUGGGAUAGGUGAUGGCGUCUUCAUGUCAGCUAUUCUCCAAUCCAGAGAAUUUAUGAAAGGAGGGGAUGUUUUCUUCCUCAUUUCUAUACAAGACAUCUCCAAAUUACGCAACCUGGACUCACUUCCAUGCCCCAGCAUCUCAGUGAAGAACUUACCUGGGCAAAACAAUGAUGACCAUGAAGUCCCAUGUACAACUCUGUCUUCUCUUUAUAAAACUCCACACCCUAGCACCACCCCCCGUACAACAACAUCAACUACCAGAGAACACCACAUCAUGACCCCAGGCAACCCUGAGGUCACCCCACCUGACAGUGUGCUCCCUAGCACCAUCCUCAGUCCAGCUACUGCAACAACUGGAGAUCACCAGGUCAUGACUACAGGCAGCACUGACGGAUCUGGAGUGUUUUCAAUCAAGACUGAUGUAUCCCCAUGGGUUGUAGUCACAGUUGUGCUGUCCUUGAUUAUUAUUAUCUGCACUAUCUUGGGUGUGAUGUAUAAAAAAGCUUGUUCUAAGAUAAAUACAAAGAGCAUAUCAUAUCAAAACUUGUUACAGCUUGAACAAGAUCAUCAAAUAAUAUAGGAAACACUUUGCAUUAGGCAAAUGUAUACAGCACGCCUUUCCAAGACACCUCCACUGCCCUUUUUGUACUACUUCUUUCAUUCCUGCAAGAUUGUAAAUAAAUCAUUCAUUUUAA